AUGAAACAACUGUGUAUUUUAAUACUUCUGUCCUUGUUCCAUUUAUCAGUGGGCGUUUCUCGAUUUCACGAUUGUGACGUAUACGGCCCUGAUGACCCUAACCCCUACCUCUCCCCCAAACCUGGCUAUGACGGAAAGAUCUGCAUCCAGGAUUUAACAGAGGGAGUAUUCUACUGUAAAUAUUGGAAAUGUCAAACGCCACCCUGUCCACGUGAGCAGCAGCUGAGAGGAUCCGCCUACAACAAAUGUCCCUAUUGUGAAGGAACCUGUAGUAAUGGUGGAGUGAUUUACGAGGCAGGGACCUCAUUUUUAUGCGCGGAUGGAGCGAACACCUGUCGCUGCGGUAAAAAUGGGAGUGUGGGAUCAACCUAUAUGAUGACGAACAAGUAUUCCCUCUGUCGAGCACCACUUGUAGGAUGA